UGCUGUAUAUUAUAUAUAUAAGGGCGAGAAGAGGAUGAUGAAACUUGAAACUUGCCACCAAACAUUGUUUAGGCCUGCUCUCGUCUCUGUACUCUCACUCUGCCUCUCGCAGUGUUCUCCUCGUUCCGUUUCGUUUCGUUGGCUACUCUCGAUCAUCGAACUCAUGGCGUUUCGCAGAUCUGAAUCAAGAAAAUGCAAUGAUCGGCAAAUUCUCAGAGUUUCAACUGCAGUAGUGCAUCCUUCUCGCCACCAGCUUACCGCAUCGGCGAUGGCCAGUUCUACACGAGUGUCCCCUUUUUCAGGUGACGAUGUUGCCCUCGCAGCUGCAGGCUUCGCUAGAGGCAUCUCUUUGUUAGUUUCAGUACAACAAUCAUGAGACGGGGAUCGAACCUCUAACUUUGAAGGAAGGAGUUAGUGUCUUGACUUCGGGUGAGAUUAGCAACGCUACUAUACGGAUGAGUAAACCACAUGCCAAAUAAAAGUUCUUGAUUGAUUGAUUUAUUUAUUUGUAGUUUUAUCUGUAUUAAUUAUGAUCUAUGAAAAUUAGUAUAGUAUAAAAGGUAAGUUAUAGUUAUAAAUUUAAGAAGUUUGUAGGAUUAGUAAACUUGCAGCAUUAUGGGAUAAAUAAAUCAACUUAUCAAUAUAUCUUGUAUAAGUUCUGAUUUAUUAAUACCUAAUUAAUUACGUAAAUUAAUUUUCGAGCCAAAUAUCCCAAAGGAAUAGAGUAAGCCAUGCUAAAUGAAAUAUACGCGGUCAAAGUCAAUGUCAUAUUUACAGUCGUCCCCUAUAUUGUUUUUGCUCAAGAAGAAAGUGGCACCAAAUAAUUUUCAUAUUACUUCUUAUUUUAUAUAUAUAUUGGGGCCUGCAAUUGUUAUAGCUGUGUGUGAUUAUGGCUGGCUUCUGUGAAUUCUGUCCUGUACUUCUCUACAUUAUUUGAUCAAUUCUUUUUGGCAACUU